AUGAGUACGAUACAGAAUUUAAAGAACUUUAUUCGCCAUGGCAAGCAAGCUCGCCUGGUGACCCCUCAUGCAGAGCCCACCACAGAUGUCACAGCCGUCCACGCACAACAGCAACGUCAACCGCAAGGGCAAUACGCCAAUAAUCUCGAUACUAUUGACCAGAAACAUGGCAACGGACAAACAACCACGCAGCCGCAGUCGCGGUCGCAGCAGAAAGCUGCCGACUCGCAAAGCAAAGUGUCGCGCGCUGAUAUCGAGAAAUUGGUGGCCGAGGAACGACAGAGCAAGUCCAAGAUGCCCAAGUAUCCGGGACUAGAUCGAUACAUUUUGGUUGAGAAAAUGGGCGAUGGAGCCUUUAGCAAUGUUUAUCGAGCCAAGGAUACCCUGAACCGCAUGGAGGAAGUGGCAAUUAAGGUUGUGCGGAAGUUUGAAAUGAAUAGUAACCAGCGAGCCAAUAUCCUGAAAGAAGUCCAGAUUAUGCGACAAUUAGAUCACCCCAAUAUUGUUAGCUUGAUCGACUUCUCUGAAUCACCCCAAUUCUAUUACAUAGUCCUUGAGCUCUGCCCUGGUGGCGAGCUCUUCCAUCAGAUCGUGCGAUUGACAUAUUUCAGCGAAGAUCUUAGCCGCCAUGUCAUCAAACAAGUCGCCGAAGCUAUUGAGUUUCUUCACGAGACUUCCGGCGUGGUCCAUCGUGAUAUCAAACCUGAAAAUCUACUAUUCUACCCCUGCGAGUACAAGCCCACCAAAAAUCCCAAGCCGCGCCAACCAGGCGAUGAAGAUAAAGUAGACGAGGGAGAAUUCAUUCCGGGUGUGGGUGCAGGUGGCAUUGGCAAGAUCAAGAUUGCCGACUUUGGUCUUUCCAAGGUCAUUUGGGACAGUCAAACAAUGACGCCGUGCGGUACCGUGGGCUACACGGCUCCUGAGAUUGUUAAAGACGAGCGAUAUUCGAAAAGCGUUGAUAUGUGGGCAUUAGGCUGCGUGCUAUACACGCUUCUCUGUGGCUUCCCUCCUUUCUACGACGAAAGCAUCCAAGUUCUCACAGAAAAAGUUGCCCGAGGGCAAUACACCUUCUUGUCACCGUGGUGGGAUGACAUCUCCAAGUCUGCCCAGGAUCUCGUAUCACAUCUCCUCACCGUCGACCCGGACAAACGCUAUACCAUCGGUCAAUUUCUAAACCAUCCAUGGAUUAAGCAAACGGAUGAAACAACACACGCAGCUGCCGACGCACCCCCCCUCGCCACACCUCAAAUCCCCCGUCAAAAGGAGACCGCCCAACAACCACAACACACCAUAGAAAUUGAACAAACCCCUCUAUCAGCCACGGAACGACGUUUGCAGGACUUCCGAUCUCCCGGUGCAGUCAAUCUCCGCGAAGUCUUUGACGUCGGCUACGCCGUCCAUCGCCAAGAAGAAGAAGGCAAACGACGCAAAAACUUCCGACAAGGAUACCGCGGCGCCAAUCCCACAACGGGCUUCAGCGCCCAACUCAACCCGCUCAACGAAGACUACGACGACGAAGAGGAAGAAGUAUACGACACCAACAAGGGCGACCAACGAGAACCACCCGCUAAAAUCCCACGCUCGUCCCAAGUAGGCGCCAGCGACGUGGCAGCCAUGGAGGCAAAACUCCGCUCGACAAAUUUGGGUACUCAACCCAGCAGCGCCGCCCAGGCAAGACAAUCAGUAAGAAACGGAGCGGGAACCACCGGCCAGAGACAGCCACAGCAACAGGGACAAGGCUACGGCCAGCACAGUGCGGCAGUUGCAGCAGCAGCACGGCAAAACGCGGCGCGCGCUGCUAAGCAGCCAUUUGAACUAAAUAUGGCGAAUGCGACGUUACUAGAGCGAAGAGGGAGGAGAGCGCCCAGUCAGGUUGUAUAG